AAAUUCUGCUAUGAUUGAUCAAUUAUUUAAGAAUAAUAUUUUUUAUAAAGAUGAAAUUCUGAAUAAAUUUAAUUUGAAAAAUAUUCAAGAAUCAAUUAAUAAUUUAGGUGAUACUUUAUCUAUAAUUAAGUUCUUAGUAAGUUUAAAUCAAGAUUUAAACUUGAAUAAUUUAAUUAAUAAUAUAAAUAAUGUGUCUAUAAUUAAAUCAAGUCAAGAUUCAAGUUUAAACAAUUUAAUUGACAAUAUUGAUACUAUAAUUAAAACUUCAAAUAAUAAUACUGAAAUAUUCAUAAUUGAAUCUUUAAGUUUAAAUUCAAAUUUAAAAAUGAUUGACUUUUCUUCUCAACACUUAUAUAUUUCACAACUAUUGCAAGACUUAACAAAUCAAAUU